AUGGAUUUCGUCAGGGGCUUUUGGAGUAAGCAUAGAAGAAAGGUUUUCGUCACGGCUGGUUGUUUGGGAAGUGGGUACUUUCUCUACAAACUAUACAACUCGCAUACUCGUAGGCUUGCGGAUUUGCAACGACAACUCGCUAACGACCGUGAACAUGACGAAAACAUCAAAGCUCAAAUGAAAGCCCAUUUCGAGAACAUUCAGAUGAUAGUGGACUCCACCACACUGCCUCACGCGAUGCGGUGCUUGAGUAUCUCUAUAAGGGAAGAGAUUGAUGUCUCUAGCGUUAUGGAGAGACUGAACAGAGGGAAAGGGGUGUUGAGUCAGUCUGAGAAGCUUCACCUCUGGGACCAGCUCAAGAUUUUGAGUUUCACUAGGAUGGUUUUGUCUCUGUGGUCCGUGACGAUGCUUAGCUUGUACAUCAGGGUUCAAGUCAACAUUUUAGGCAGACAUUUGUAUGUUGACACCGCUCGAGCUCUUGACACCUCCUCCCAUUUACUUGAAGAGCUAGAUCUCAUUGAUAGAGAUGAUGAACAAAAGUUCUUAUCAAGUGCCGAUUUUCUUGUGACCAAUGCAAUGCCGGGUUUGAUUUUAAAUAUGCAAACUGCUGUCAGCGAAGUUCUUAAAGGAAUGCAGUUAAAGGAUGUAAUAACAACAAGAGUUCUUCAAGAAACCCUGUUACGGAUUGUGGAUGUGUUCAUGAGCAGUGGAAGUCCACAUCACUGGGUUGAUUAUCUAAUGAUGCCUCAAGACACAAAGCUUUCAAGAACCACAAGUGGUGAAACUGUGAGCAAGUUUAAUCAACUUAUGGUCGAAACGCGGCAAGUACUAAUCAGCACUGAGUUCACAGAUAUAGUCGAGAUUUCGCUCAAGUGUUUCACGGAUGCGCUUGUAGAGGAAAUGGAAACGCAGAGUGUAGCCGGUGGUUUGGCUACGGGGAUGCCAUUGGCAAAGAUGUUACCACAGAUUGAGAAGACAAUACCUGUGAUUAUAGCUGAACCUGGCAAGAAUCAGUUCUUACAACUCAUCAGAGAUAUGUCUGAAGUUCAAGUCUUUUUUACUCUCUUAUAUGCUAGUAUGCCGCAGUAGCAGCUUUUGUUUUGUUCUCUUCAGCGUUCUCUAAUCGCAAUUUCAGUGUUUUAACGUUUUGCUUUCUUCUUUGAGGCCUAAUUAGCUUGUCGUUUUUUUUUUUGGUUUACAUCAUUACAUGAUUUAAAGUUGGUUAUAUUUACAUGAUUUAUUUUU